UUUUCUCAAAUAAAAAAUUUCACACCUUUCUCUUCAGUUCUUCUGAUACGCGAUUCUCGUUUUUUCAAAAACACAAUUCAUUGAAUUUCUGAAACGCGAUUCUCUCAUUUUUCAGAAACGCGAUUUAGGUUUUCCCCUGAUUUCUUUUUGACGCAUCGCUCAAUUUCUCUCGGAGAUAUCCACUCCGCACAGGCGCACAGUGAUCCACUACAUUGAUAGAAAAAGACAAGAGUCCUUGUUGGAGACAGAGUUUUGGGUCAAGACUGCAUCAACCAGAAGUUGUCAUUUGAGGGACCUGGAUAGUGAGUGAAUCAAAUUAGUAAAUGGCAUCGAGCUUACAGAAAAUUGAAGGGGACGAGUCCGUACUAUUGCGCGUUACUCAUUCUAAUCUCAAAUCUUUCAACCCCGACAUUCGCUUCUCCCUACAGCUCACAGUGGAAGCAGUCAAGGACAAGCUAUGGAAAAAAUGUGGUACUUCUGUUAACUCUAUGCACCUCGAACUCUACGACGAACUUCGCAAUAAAAUCGCCGAUCUCUCUGAUCAUUCCAAACUCCUUGGAUUCUAUUCUCCUUUUGAUGGGUUUCGUUUGCACGUCGUUGAUCUUGAUCCAGCCUCUGUUACAUCGGGUGGAUGGUUGGAAGAUACUUCUUUGGUGGAGAAAUACGAAAUUUCUGAAGAAUCUUAUAAUAAGCGAGGAGCAGACACUUUCAGAAAAUAUAGGGAGAAAUUGACUUCGCAAGCUCCAUCGACUAUUGAGGCAAAGACAUUAGACACCGACAUGGAAGACAUCUGUGCUAAUAUCAAGGUAGGAUCCAGAUGUGAAGUUGAACCUGGGGCAAAAAGAGGUGUUGUAAAAUUUGUUGGUCAGGCAGAACCACUGGGUCCUGGCUUCUGGGUUGGAGUUCAAUAUGAUGAACCCUUGGGCAAACAUGAUGGCAUGGUUAAAGGAGUACGUUACUUCCAAUGCCCUCCAUCUCACGGGGGAAUAGUUAGGCCGGAGAAAGUGAAGGUUGGUGACUUCCCUGAACGAGAUCCCUUUGAAGAGGAUGAAAUUUGAGUCUUAAUAAGGAAGCUACUUUUAGGCCUGCUGGAGUUUUCUUUAUAGUUUUUUCUGUUGUAGAAUUCCAACAUUAAUUUGGCAAGCUUUUUUAUUGGCCUUUCAAGGCAAUGGAUUUAUGUAGUCAAAGAUUGCUCAACUGCGGUUUUCGACUGUUUGUAUUUGUAUUGUAUUACCUUGUGUAGAAAGAAAACAUGGGGAAAAAGUUGCAGAGUUGAUUUCAAGGGUUAAAUGAGAGCUGGUACAUUAGGAUGGUUGCUCAAUAAAACAAUGAACAUUGAGCUAAUGAAAUGAAGGGGAUAAUCACUAAAA